UCUCCUAAUAUCUUUCUUUAUGGAUUUCCUGCAUUUGGGGGUCCUUCUGCAACUCCCUCUAUUCACAGCAUGGAGGACCAAAACCCCUCCUUCGUAUAUUCAACAAAGCUUUUCUUCUCAUUUUCUGGUUUUACAAUGUGCUUGGAUGAUUGUUACACGCUUUUGAACAGUGAUCUUCGAAGAUAAAUAUGUAACACAAAAGCAACAAUUUUGAACUCGGUGUACAUUUUCUGAAAUUGAUUCUUCAUUUGAGAGUCAUUGAUUUUUAUCAUAGAGAUAAUUAAUAUAUGAGGGAAUGAGAUAUGAGUUGUUGCUUCGGAAGCAAGGAUCCAGAAUUCAAUGAACAAAACGAUUCGCCUUUGUCAAAAUCAAAAGGAAACCCAAAUUCUCAAUCUCCUGGUCCUGUGACGUCAGGGCCUUUAAGUCAAGCGAAUAAUCAAGAACGUUCUGGUCCCUCUGCUGCGACUACUGCUCCGGCUACCAUCAAUACAAAUGAAGACAAUUAUCACGUCAUGGAUAACUCCGCCCGUAAUUUUGGUUUUCGGGAGGUGGCCAUAGCCACCAAGAAUUUCAGGCGAGAAUGUCUUUUAGGUGAGAGCGCAUUUGGAAAAGUUUAUAAAGGAACUCUUCAGGGUAGUGGUCAGGUUGUGGCUGUGAAGCAACUAGAUAGACAUGGAACAAAAGCAAACAAAGAGUUUCUUGUUGAAGUCACCAAGUUGAGUCAACUUCAACAUCCAAAUCUUGUCCAACUGAUCGGGUAUUGUGCUGAUGGAGAUCAGCGGAUUCUCGUUUAUGAAUACAUGCAAAGUGGGGGCCUCAAAGAUCAUAUCCAUGAGGUUCCACCAGAGGGAAAGCCAUUAGAUUGGAUCACAAGGAUGAAAAUAGCAUCUGGAAGUGCACAAGCUAUGGAAUAUUUACACGAGAAGGCAAAUCCACCCAUUCUCUAUCGCAACUUCAAGUCAUCAAACAUUAUGCUAGAUGAAAACUUCAAUCCAAAGCUCACAGAUUAUGGGCUCGUGAAACUUGAACUCGACUCUGGUAAUACUAUGCAACAAAGAAUGGUUGCUACUGUUGGUUGUGCUCCAGAAUAUGAACAAAACGGUGAGCUCACACCCAAAUCUGAUGUUUACAGUUUUGGGAUCGUUCUGCUCGAGCUCAUUACUGGAAGAAAAGCACUAGAUACCAAUCUCCCGAUAGACGAGCAAAAUGUUGUCAACUGGGCACAACCUUAUUUCAGAGAGCCAAAGAGGUUUCCUGAAAUGGCGGAUCCACAGUUGCAAGGAGCAUUUCCAGAGAGAAGUUUAAAUCAAGCGGUUGGGGUGGCGGCCAUGUGCGUGCAAGAGGAGCCAUCUGUCCGGCCACUGAUCUCCGAUGUGGUGGCGACUCUUAGCUUCCUCACGGUGGCUCCACCAUCACCGAAAACACAUCCUGCUCCUGCUUCAACUAACGAUCCACAUGAGCAAAAAAGAUCAUCAUCAUCAUCAUCAAGAGAGGUUGAACAAGAGCAUGAAGAAGCGUCUAGUCAGAACGAUGGAACAGAAGAAGAAACUAGUUACACUGAUUCCGAAGAAGAGUAUGAAGAAAACCCUAUUGGGAACAACAAUAACAAGGUUGAGUAUGAUGAUGAUGAUGGUAGUUGGUCAUCGGAAAGUUUAUAUAACGAAGAUGAUUAUGGUGAAGAUGAAAGCCAACAAGAAGAAACGAGCUACAGAUCGAAAUCAAAACCCAAAAGCAUCAAAAGGAAAGUUACAUUUCAAACAGAAAGCAUAAAUGGGAGUAGAAAUUCAUCAAAAAGAAGCUGCAAGAGCUUCAAAACACAUUCAGAUAACAGUUUAAGGAAGAAAAGUGUGAAUAGGAAAUCGUCAAGAAACAAAAGGGUAGAUGGAAAUUUGAGCAAGAAAAGUCAUGACGCAUUUGAUGAUGAUCAAAGUAGUAGUGAAACCAACCAAUCAAAUAACAAGUCCAACUCAAGAAGCAACAAUAAAAGCAGCAACAUGCAUUCGAGCUCAAGAAGAUCAAAAAGCAAGAAACUGCAAAUUGUUGAAAGUAGUGACUCGUCAUUUUCAUCAAGUAGUGAUGAAAGCAGUAGAAGGAUCGUUACUUUUAAUUGAACAAGAAAAACCUUCGGUGAACCGGAAUUUGAAAGUUCAGUUUAGAAUCAAGAUGUUGAAACAAGGAAUUGGUGUCGUCAUUUGUAUUUAAAUUUAAGAGUACGGU